UAUCAUAUGUCCGUCUCCUGGUUCUAAGCCACCUCCCUACCAAUUUUUAGCCAAGUCUGUUCAGCGGUUCUUGAGUUAUAAAUAGUGUGUACACAACUUUCUUUUAUAUAUAUAGAUUUAUACAAAUAAACGAAUAGACAAAAUGUCUAUUAUGGAAUUCAAAAUCAAUGCAACUGAAAAUUUUUAUAUCAUAAACGAAAUAUAUAGCAAUAUAAUAUUAUUGAGUGAAACCUGUCCCACAUGACUGUUAGCUAUGCAAUACUUAAAGUAUAUGUGUGUGGAUUGUGGAGUAACUCUUGGUGGUUUUAAUAGUCGAUUGUUUAUUCCAUUCAAUGCAGAACAGGGAUCGUAAUUACUAGCCGUUUAUCGCUUCAAAGUAUAGAUGUGACGUGAACAAGACAAUGGGAAAUGUGCUGAAGAAUGUGCAUACAAAGUGAUUUAAAAGAUUGCAGUGAUUGUACCAUUACUAGAGGAAAAGCCUUUUUGUGUCUGCAAAAUGGGUUUGCAAUUACCUCAUCAAAAGACGCAUCUUCAACUAUCAGUGAAAGUUUUCUUGCUAAUGAUAUUAUACUCUUACAUAAUUUUUUCUUGUCCUUUAUCUACCACAUAAUCUUUCUUUGAGAUAAUUUGAUGACGACAUAAUAUUAAUAGAAAAUAGAAAUCCUAAUCAUUCAUCCGUAUGAAAUUAAUUACAAUAUCUUCCAUACUAAGCCAACAUUUCCUAUCGAACCUAUUUUUUGUUUCAUAAUGGCUAACGAGUGUUUUCUUGCAAGUAUGUAUUUGCAAUAUUUAUAGUUAAUAGGCACUAGCCUUGCGCAUAGCCUGAGUAACAUUUUUUCAGCGCAUUCUAGUCAAGCUAAUAGGUUUUGAAAGGUGGCUCGAGUUCUCUUGUACUCAUGUGGUUUAGUGGACAAACCAGCACGACGCGGCGCGGCGUUUCGCUAGGCAUGCGCUGAUAUGCAGUGUGAUAAUUACAGCUGCAUGUCCCAAGGCCUUUGUUUAUACUCGCUUUUUGUAGCGUUUCAUGAAAAUAAUAAACGUGCGGAUAAUGCAUGAUUGCCUCAGCGAGUAAACGAAUUGAAAAAAUUAUGUACUAAACACGUAGGUAGGUCCAUUGAAUAUAACAAACAUUGAGUAAUUCCAUGAUAACAGCUGGCAAACAUUACCUACGGCAUUUAAAAUCCAAAUAUAGGUGCUUUGCGAUAUGGCGUAAAACAAACUGUUUUAGGACGCAAAUUUCUAAGUCACAAAAUACAAUGUAGUUCGUCUGUGUUUACUCCUAUUUAGAAUAGAUAUUUUAUCUCCAACUUGAAAACGCUAACGAAACAUAACACCAGCUUUCUUUGCUCCACUUGUUCAAAGCCCAGAAUGUGUCACGUCCAUUCUAAUUAGUCUUAAUGGAAUUGAGUUUCGUCAUCACUUUAACUAAGUAUUGUUUCUUCAAACGUGUCAUGUCGAGCAAACGUGUCUGAGACGCCUCGGAAUCUCCAUCGGAGAUAAGUUCCAUAAAGCUUUGAGAUUCGCAUUCAAAUUUGUAGAUACAACAGACAUGGAAUGAAGGUAUAGAGGUUGGAGGGGCGGUGAUAGCUAGAUAACGAUGGCGCCGAUAACGGGGUGUAGCGUUGAUGCCGCAGAAAGCGCCAGGCUGUCGCUUGCGCAGCGCCGGCUAGUUUUUGUAUACUCUAGACAAGUUAUACGUCUUCUGUAGAGAUUUAUAGUCGUUUAAAUUAUCUAUAAUAGAAAAGAAAAGACAUACAUAUUUAUUUACAGUGAUGAUAAUAUCAGUGAAAAUGUGAAUAAACAUAUUUCGUACCUAAAUUAUUUGAAGAGUGAACUAGUGUAGAAAGUUCAGUGAUAAAAAAUGAAGGACUCAACUCCGAGAUGUGAAGAUGUAGCCGAUAAACUUGUGAGAUUGUUUGGAUGGAGGCAGACCUAUCCUGUCCAAAAACUUCAAAGAAGCAUACUGCCGCAGAACAAUGAAACGGGACCAGAGACAUGGGUAGGCGUGCGGGCAUUACGCGCAAGCUCCGGCGGCAUUCUAGAUCCAGAUGACAGGGUGCGUGAUGUGGCUGACGACCGGGAGACCCUCACCGCGGAAUGCGCUAACCAGGCGCCUCAGCCCAGAGCCGCCCAAGCCGAUGGCGCCAGCGGGUCUUCGGCAGGCACCGCGUCUCCGGAUAUGUUUCGGGGAGGCGGUGGCGUUGGUGGAAGUAUGCGAGUGCCAAACACCGACUCGUGUGUGGAGGUGGGCGAGGCGGACCUGGAGGACGGCGCCAACGGGCUGCAGGUCCGACGGGGCAGCGAACCUACCCUACAUCAAGACACCAUGCCUCCUCAGAGACAGGUGUCUGAGCAAACGAAGCGGUGGUCGGCAGCGGUGGUUUGCCGCGACGACAGCUGCCGCGUGACGCAGAAGGUGCACCCGCUGCCGGACGGGCGGCCGCCGGACGCGCCGCCGGACCGACACGACCGGCACGGACACGGACAAAACUUCCAACGGCAGUCCAAUAGGCUGUCUAUGCAGUUCUCGGGGCCUGGAAGCGGCGUGUGGUUGGACGCAGCCGAGAGACUACAGACUUAUGGCAGCAAGAGUCUUCCGAGAGACGCGAGGAGAGAACCCUUGGGUCAAGACACGCCCGCCAACAAUCAUCAAAGUCAUAGGGUCGAAGACAUGCUGCGAUGGGUGUCCGGCGUCAACAAUGUGGCGGGGAUCCAGGAGCGACCGCUUGAUCUCUUGCCAGAAGUGGGCAGCACAGAGCGUGCAGUGUCGGGCAUGGAGGUGCCGGUGGGCGCGGGCGCGGCCACAGGGGCAGGCUCGGGGCGCGCCGUCACGGUGUCGGCGGCGCUGCUGAAGGGCGACAAGGGGCUCGGCUUCACCAUCACCACGCGCGACAACCCCACCGGCGGACACUGCCCCAUCUACAUCAAGAACAUACUGCCCAAGGGUGCGGCGGUAUCAGACGGAAGACUAAGAGCAGGCGACCGCCUAGUCUCUGUAAAUGGUGUGUCAGUGUCAGGUCUGACGCAGCAGCAAGUCGUCACGCUGUUACGGAACACGCCGCCCGACUCCACCGUCGAGAUCGUCGUAGAACGAAAUGUGCCAAAUAGGACACAAAGGGUAGAACCGCAGCAGAGUCCGACAAAGUUUGUAGAAAAAGCAAUAGGCUUACCCACCAACGGACCUAAUCAGAUGGAAGUCGGCGUCAAAACAGAGAACGGUCGGGUGUCGAGCAUAGUCAACGCCAUCAACCAGAACGCAGCUACCAACAACUCUAUGCGAGGGAGGAUACCGAAGAGUUCGUCGAAAGACGACUUGCUGAACAAAGAUCAGAACGCUGACACCGCGCUGCAGGAGGCUUUUAACACUUCUUCUAAUUCUAUCUUAGGUCUAAGAAAUCGUCUGAUCCUGCGACUGGACGUGCCGGUUCACGACUCUGAGAAAGCGGGACUCGGCAUCAGCGUGAAGGGCAAGGUGACCGUCGGACCAGACCCUCAGGAUCUGGGCAUAUUCAUUAAAUCCGUGCUGAACGGUGGUGCUGCGUCUCGGGACGGAAGGCUGCACACGAACGACCAGCUGUUGAGCGUGAACGGCGUGUCGCUGGUGGGGCAGUCCAACGCCGAGGCCAUGGACACGCUGCGCCGCGCCCUGCUGCACGCCGCGCCCGCCGCCAGGGGCGCCAUCGCGCUCACCGUCGCGCGCAGGACUGACAGCAUUGACAGCUUGGCGAGGUGGAAAGACGACACGCCGCCGAACGGCAACGACACAACCAACUCAAACGAGACCAGCUCGCAGAACUUCAACACCGUCAUAUACUCGAGCAGUGACAAGGAGAACAAAAUCGACAACUUCUCCGACUACGACGUUAAUAAGAACGAAGGUCUCGACAGCCACGACGGCAAAACCAAAAAACACGCAUCCAUAGUCACCAUAAACAACAACAACAGUUGGGUGUCAAACCAAUCGGACGACAGCAAAGGGUACUUAGAAAGAGACAAAGAUACGAUUCCCCACGACAACAAGAGAGACAGCUUCGAGUGGAGUCGGCUGGACGGCUGGAACCCUGUGAUAGAUAGACUGACGGGACUGAGGAAUGAGAGCUAUUACAUGGCGACCCAGGCGGAUAUACCUCCAUUGAACGGUCACCAUUACAGACAGAACCUGGGGCACGUGCACAUGUCGAGGUCGCCGCCGGCGCAUCAUAAUGUUAUUAUCGAAGAAGAUUAUGGUACGACGAGACGCAGCGGCGGCGAAUCGGGCAGCGAGUGUGGUGCGGGCUCAGGGACGGGCUCGGCGGCGGGCGCGGGGGGCGCGGGCGGCGCGGGAGCGGGUUUCAGCCGCGACGCGGUCGGACGCCGCUCCAUGUCCGAGAAGCGACACGCCGCGCUCGACGCCAAGGCCACCGGCACCUACAAGAAGAUCAAGGAGAUCAAGGCGAUCAACGCGAUGCAAGUCGGCCCAGCGUUAGGGAUGAGAAAAUCGUCAAGUCUAGAGUCGUUACAGACAGCGAUACAAGAAAACCAAAGGAACCCACGCAACGAACCUAUCUACGCUCGGGCCCAUCCACCGUUAAAGCAUUGGUUGACGGAUGACAACACAGGGCCGGACAUAGUUAGGGGGUCACCGCAACAGUCGUCGCUUUCACAUAAGAAACCAUCUUUACUCAAGUCUUUAUCGACUAUGUUCAGGAUAGGCAAGCCGCAUAAGAAAACCGAAAGCGAAGUAUACGGAAGAUCACAACCGGGUCGUUCCUCAGAGAAGUCACUUUCAAGGGCGCACGAGCGACAACUCGAGCGACACGAGCGGCAGGAGAGGCACGAGCGGCAAGAGCGGCAGGAGCGCGCGCACGAGCGGAGGGACGACGAGCCGCCCACACUGCUGAGGGUAGAGGGGCAGCACUCACGGCAAAGCAGCGGGGCAAGUGGUGACAGACGAGACCGCAGCGAGCGAGGCGAUCGAGCCGACAGGGCCGAACGCAGGGACCGUGAGGAACGCGACAGGGGCGUGCCCCCCUAUCGCGCACCACCCGCUAUGCACCAUCAGGGCCUAGAUAGUGCGUGGGGACCCACCGGCCACUACGUGAACUACGAAGAAAUACAACAAAAUCUGAAUUAUGACGAAUAUUCCAGCGCGCGGCGUGAGAAGCUCAGCGAGGUGCAGAUCGGACAGAUGCGGCGGCAGGUGCACGCGCAGAGGGCCAAGGCAGAAGAGGAGAGUCGUCGGGUCGGGGCGGGUGGCUACCCCUCGCAGCGCUCCUGUAGGGAGGGGGGCGCGCGGCCGCAGUCCAACUACUACGAGUACGACUCUGCUCCGCCGCGGCGGCCCGGCAAGCUCUCGCACUACCACUAACAACCGACACUCUUGAGCUGUGUCCACAGCCGUGGGUCUUAACUGUUUCCUUCACUCUUAAGCUGUGUCCACAAUCGUGGGUCUUAACGUUGCAUCUUCCUAUAAAGUCUUAAUAUGUGUGGCGCCUUAGAAACACAAAAGCAAUGUAUUGAAACAUACUUCAUACUAUAAAUACAUGAUGGUCUUAUGAUAUGUAUGGAAAAGAUGUAAAAUGAAAUUGAAAACGUACGAGGGUGGACAUAGCUAUACACUAAUGUAUGUUUUUAAAAGUAUGAAGUAAAAUGUGCGGCUUGUCUUAUGUCCUUUAUAUAAAUUAUUGUUCCUCAGUGACCGCUCCGAAAUCGAAUAAUAUUAUGUAGUUCACACUUCUUGUGAACAACUUUUUGUUGUAUUUGUGGUUAUUUGAAGAUUGAUACAUUACUAAAAAUGUAUUUACUAUUUCCUACAUUAUUUAUCGUCAAAUAACGUGAUUAAAGAAAGCAUUAAUGAAUUUAAUUAUUGAGUAUAAUUCUGCAGAGUGAAGUUAUUUUUUUCUCGCUGCUCUUUCUGUAUUGUUUGUUUCUACAGUUUUUAAAGGUAAUUAAAUUUCCCAUUUUUUAGAAAUCAUUACAUAUAUAAACGUAGCUUCCGAUCUCUCUCCGGUCAUGUCGGAUCGCCGUCUCAACAAACUACGAGAGUAAAGGAACAGUGAGUGAACCUGUGUAUUGCGCACACACCUGUGCACUAUAAUAUUAUGUCCUGCGUUGGCAGCUCUCCGUUGAGAUUGCCGAAAUUCGGUUAGGAAGGAAUCAAACGUAUUCCAAGUGUUAACCAAUAAAUCGUUAAGAGCUGGAACGUGGUGAACAUUUACCAGUGAUAAGGGUUAUGAUCAUGAUUAUGCAUUCCAAUUUACGUAGCAGUAGCUACUUAUUUUUGUUAUUUUAAGUCAUUUUUAUGACCUACGCGAAACAGCUAUCCCAGUACAAAUAUAUUGAAAAGAAAAAAUAUUGACUGUUAAAACGAACUCUUCAAGUUAUAUAUUAUGAACAUUUGUAAUACAUAUUAUGGGACGUAUUGGUUUAAAAAACAAAAAAAUAUAUAUUUCACGUAUAAAAUAAUGUUUAAUUAGUAUUUUCUAAAUUUUAGGACAAUCCCUAAGUAUCGCGUUCCCAAAUAAAAAUAACAGUUAAGAGUAAUGGAGGUCUCAGGUGCCGUUUUAAUUGGGAAAAGAGCCUGCGGUAUCAUUUUGUGUCGCUUAAUUGGGAAUCGUUACUAUUAAAGAUUCUAAAUAUAGGCUGUUAAGGCUCAUAAUUAAUUAUGCCUCCUAAAUUACGCAAAAGAUUGUGAAAUCAAUUUUAUACUCUCAUAUAAGUCGCAGUAAAUUCAAAACAAUUUAGAUUAAAGUAGGAAAUUAUUUAUAAUGAUUGAAUAAUUUAUAAACCAUACAUUAUAACUACAAUUAAGUACCAAUCCAUCAAGUAAAUAUUGGAAAUAUAUUGAGGAGUAGGCAGAUUGUAUUAAUGUAUAUUUCAGUGUUCAAUAUCUUUGAACAUUAGGAAUUAACCUAAAUAUAUUGUAACAUGACGUGCGUAAACAUUUCAUUCAAGAACUCAAACUAUUUCUUAGCACUGUUUGUGCCAUGGUGUAUGUAAAUUUUACUUCUCAUUUGUAAUUUUAUUUAUACAUUAUCUAUUUUCGUGACAUUUGAUGACGGGCUAGUUAAAAUAUAUUCCUUAUACUAUUAAGAAAUCAUUUUUAAUUUUGUAUAUACCUAUCACACAUUCCUACUUAAAGUCAGUAGCUAUGGAUCGUGGAACAAUGAAGCUUUAAUGUCUAGAGUUAGAUUUUAAUUAAGUUUUUUUGAAUCAUACUUACUGUGAAGAAUAUUUUACACGACUGAAUAUUUUAUACGAUUGUUAUUAUAUUAUAAUUGCUAUGUAAGACUUAAUCCACUCGUUUAUUUUUAAUAUUUAAUUGUUUAUAAUUAAAUGGAAGGUCUGUGAACAUAUUCAUAUUUUUUGUUCGUUCUGGUGGUUAUGAUGGUUAUAAAUGAACUUCAUUUUUGUGUACUGAUAUAGUCGUAAACAUAUCAAACUUAAAAACAUUAUAUUCUGUUUUGUGUAUUUCAAUUUAUAGUUAUCGACUAUAAAUAGUAUUUAUAUUAUUAUGUUUGAAUUCAGCCUCUUAUAUAAUUGACAAUUUGAAUUUUGAAAUCCACAAUAAAUAUUCAUUAAAUUUAUAGUAUUAAAACGUACAUAUUUAUACACAGAAAAUUAAGGUAUACAAAAGUAAAAAUCAUAAGGACCAUCGAAAUUUUUUUCGUUCCACCUAAUUUCAAUUUCAUUCACUUUAAGAGUAAAAGACAUUUAAAUGUAUAAGAGAUUGUGUACAUAUUUAUGUUAUAUCGUCAGCAAUAGGUGCAUAAAGAUACGUACAUAUGCAGCAUUCAGGAUAAUAAUGUAAUAAACAAGGGCAUGAUUUACAAAAUACCCUAGUAACACAUAUAUAGUUAUAUAUCUACAAAAGUAUGUAAAUUGUAUUACAUUAUUAUCCAGAGAGCUCUAACAUUUAAUAUAAGUUUGGCAGGUGAAAGGCUAAUUGUCUUGAGCGACAUUUUUUUGAUAAGAUUCAUACAUAUUUCAAAUUAACUCUUUUUUCUAUGUUUUUUUUUUAAAUAGUAAAUUUUUUUUGAAAAAAAAAUCGCUUAUGGCAUUUCGCCUUUUAACCGUCGAUUUAAUGGUAGUAUAAAUGCAAUGUGCGUUUUACAAUAUUUGUGAUACUUAAGCUAUCAUGUAAGAACCCAGUAAAAUACAAAAUGUACAUAAUGUAAAAUAAAAUCAUAACUAUAGUUUGUACUUAAGAUGUUUAAUGUUCAACGUUUACAAGUGUCCAUGAGUAACUCGUAUAUAACGGGUUACUAUUAUUUUUUAGAAGUUUGUGAAUUAUAUUUCUGAAUAUAACUGUCUGUACCUUUAAUAAAUGCAAGUAUUAUUCAU